UAUUGAUUAUAGUGUUUGUAUAUUGAGAUAAUCUUGAUCCUAAACUACCUUGACAAAUAUGUAGUUAUGUUUUUGAUACCUUUAAAACUUUAGUGCUAGCUAUUCUCAGUGUUUCGAUUUUAAAUUUUUUGAUGUUUGUUUAAUGUGUAGAAAUAAAAUAGGAUUAAAGAAGAACAACAGACAAAGAUGGGUGAACAAUUAACAGAUGAAGAAAUAUUAGAAUGCAAGCGGAGUUUCGCCAUGUAUGAUCGUGACGGGGACGGGACGAUUAGCUCGAGGGAACUUGGCGCGGUGAUGCGGAGUAUGGGAUACCGGCCAUCUGACAAUGAACUCACGGACAUCUUUAACGAGUUUGAUCCCGAUGGUCAUGGGGAAUUUUCUUUUCCUGAAUUCCUCUCAAUAAUGGCAAAGAAGUUAAAGGAAUAUGAAGGCGAAGAAUCCUUAAGAUUGGCAUUCCGUGUGUUUGACAAGGACGACAACGGCAUGGUGACGGUGUCCGACUUCCGGUACAUGAUGGAGAAUCUGAAAGUCAGUGUGACGGAGAAAGAGAUUGAAGAAAUGAUAAAAGAUGCAGAUAAAAAUCAUAAUGGAUACAUCCCUUAUAAUGAAUUUAUAACAUGGAUCACGGGCAGGUAGUAUAGUAAUUAGAGAUGAAAAUGAUUUCAGUUUAGACCCGUGUGCGUGCUGACGAAAUACGAUAAACUGCCAAUGUAGAAGAAAAUAUCUACGCAAGACACUAGAAUAAAACUAUAAUUUUUUUUAAUAAAGUGGCAUCAAAGUUUAUUUUUACUUCAACAAUAAACGUGUCGAGUAGGAUUUCAAUGAAUUUUAGUGUUUUUGUAACCUUGUAUACUGUUGUAUACGAUUUAUUCAUAUAUACAUGCAUGUUUAUUGCGAAAUAAGUUGAAUUCACUGCAAAGUUGUGCGUCAAAUGACUAUUGCCCAUUGUUCUAGACACAUUUAUCUUGGAAAAUUUUGUUUGUUAAAUUUGCUUAUGUAUAAAUGUUUAUGUGAACUUUAAGCAAAUCCAGGAUCAAGAAUGACGUAUACUUAUAUAUCUUACAUAAUAUUUUCUUGUAAAUA